GGAUCGAAAGGUCUCAUCGGCUUCCCGCCCUCCCCACUUUAGCGCCUGCUAUUCACUAUUCAGUGCCGCCUACAGCACGCCCCCGCUGAAGCGCCCCCGCUGAAGCACCGCCGCCAACGUACGGAAGCAUCAAUACGCACUACAAUCGAAGGGACACACCACACGGGUUCAUAUGCACACGGACUGCAUCCGCGGUCCCGGCAUCCGAGAAUCAAUACCAAGAUGAUGCCAACCAUGCAAAUGGCUGUCGUCCAGCCGGUUGCUCAGGUCUUGGCCUGCAUCUACUGCGGCUCCCAACUCUGCUCAACGGCCUGUUACCCAACUCACAAGGACCAAUAUACGUGCCACGUCUGGCGCUGUCCUGGACGGAACCCUGUAGCGGUUGUUCAAGUUCCGAGCGCUCUCAGCCACGCGGUCCAAGCCCAGGGAAGCGGGAGCAGCCGUCCGACACCAACCUACACGAACGUGCCGACGGCCACUUCGACCUACAACUACCUACCCACGAACCCUCAAUUCCAAGUCACCCCACCCGCAAGGCAUAGUGUCUGUGUCGCCGACACGUUUCGGAGUGGACAACAGGAGCAUUCACCUCAUCAAGGCUCCAAAACUACAAGCAAUCCGAGGCCGCCUAGCGCCGUAGUUGACCACCCAAGCGACUCUCCGAACCCAUCGGAUCAACACACACAGGAACAACGUAAUCAGACCACGCCGACCCCUCAACCUCCCCAGACAGAAAGUGCAGCUGGUCCUGAAACUAGCACUAGCGGCGAUCCGUCUGUCACCAAUUGGACUCCAGACUUUCGCCGUGGUUUUGAAACGGGGAUCGCCAUGGGCACUGGCAUGGGUUUAAUGUUUGCUAUGGGUCUCCCGCUAGCGCACCCACAGGAGACUCGCCAAGGUCUCCGAGGCGAGCGUGACAGCGGUGCCGGGAGCCACGAGAGCCACCCGUUGCGCAACAAUGCGAACGCCAUAAUCGAUACCCGUUCCGAUGACGCCAGCGACGACGGUCGGAAGUUGGAUGGAAAUUGAUGAAACCAGACGCGGUGAUUACCAAUUACCAAUUACCAAUUGUGUCAGCGUACCGUGGCUACGGAUUUGGGUGCGGGAUCGAACGGAAUCACGGUAUACACGGCACGGAGCACAGCGAAAGGGAUGCUUAUGUCGCUGAUGAUUAAGGGCCCGUUUGGUU